AUGAAUAAAUUUUUAAUUACAUUAGCAAGAAUACCAAAAUGUCAACCAAGAUUUGGAUUUGCAGAUGUCUUGAAAGACAAAGAUAAAGGAGAUGAAAAAGUAUAUUUCACAAAAGAAGAUUAGAAGUUAAUGUCAAAAUUACUUAAGAAAAUGAAAGAAAAUAAUGAAAAGCCAAAAUCAUCAGGAAGUAAUGAUAAAGAAGACAAGGAGGACUUGCAAAAAAUAUUUUCCAGAUAUAAGAUUAAUUACACUGAUGCAUUGAUUGAGGAAGUCUUAAAUUGGAAGAGAGGAGAUUGAUAUAUGAUAAAUAUAUAAAAUAUAAAGAACAAUCAUAAACAUUAUGAAUGUAUAUACAUAUUGACAACUCAUA